AUGGCUGCGCCCGUGCUGAGAGACCUAGGUUCGGCUUGGCUGAGGAGUCUGAGGAGCCAGGGGGCGUGUGGUUUGGGGUUUCUCUCAUCAAACAAUGUUUUGCCUUUGCCACAUUUCCACACAAGUGCUUCCCUUGACAUAUCAAGGAAGUGGGAGAAGAAGAAUAAAAUAGUUUAUCCUCCACAGUUGCCAGGAGAGCCUCGGAGACCUGCAGAAAUUUACCACUGUCGAAGACAAAUAAAAUACAGCAAAGACAAGAUGUGGUACUUAGCAAAAUUGAUAAGAGGAAUGUCCAUUGACCAGGCGGUGGCCCAAAUGGAAUUCAGUGACAAAAAGGGAGCAAAAAUAAUCAAAGAGGUUCUCUUAGAAGCACAAGACAUGGCAGUGAGAGACCACAACGUAGAGUUCAGAUCCAAUUUGUAUAUAGCUGAAUCCACCUCUGGACGAGGCCAGUGUCUGAAACGCAUUCGCUACCAUGGCCGAGGUUUUCAUGGCAUUAUGGAGAAGGUUUAUUGCCAUUACUUUGUGAAACUGGUAGAAGGACCCCCUCCUCCGCCUGAGCAACCAAAGACGAGUUUUGCCCAUGCCAAGGAAUAUGUUCAGGAGCUUCGGAAUCGGACCAUCAUUAAUUCACUGUGAUGAAUUCAGACCCUACUAUGUAUAUUUUCCUUCUACUUUUUCUCAAAAACAUAAAUAAAAAACAAAGACAAA